AUUGUAAUACCCGUUGUGUUGAUGUAGAAGCUGACCUGGAUGUUAAAGUAGAAGCUACCUUAGAUGUUAAUGCGGAAACUGCUUUAGAUAUGAAUACAGAAGCUGCCUUAGAUGUUGAUGUUGAUGUGAAAGCUGCUUUGGAUAUUGAUAGAGCUUCAGAUGAUAUAUUUCUUUGUCAUUAA